GACGCCUUCGCAGCUUCUCCAACGGGCACGCCCACCAGAAGACGGCAGCAUGGCAGCGCCGCCUGCAGGGCGGCCGCCGCACGGAGGCGCCGCCCAGGCCGCGCCUGGCGUCCCUGCGCCGCAGACGCCGGGGGCGUUCCUGCAGGACGUUGCGCCGCGGCUCGACGGCACGGGGCACAAGGGGCAGGCGGGGCGCAUCUGCGUCCUCGGCGGCUCGGUGGACUUCGCUGGCGCGCCCUAUAUUACGCUGGCAUGGCAGCGCUGCGUGCGGGCGCCGAGCUGCUGUACGUGUGCACGGCGCUUGAGGCCACGGGACCCAUCAAGGGCUAUUCGCCAGAGCUGAUGGUCAGCGAGGCGUACAGCUGGGCCAGCAUCUCCUCACCGGACGAGGCCGCCGUCUCGGCAGAGCAGGAUCGCAUGGUGGAGAAGAUGGAGGCUCUGCUUCCGAGGCUUCACGCGCUGGCGAUCGGUCCUGGGCUCGGGCGCGACGACCGGGUGCUGGCAGGCGUUGCGAGAGUCAUCGAGGCGUGCCGCGCUCGGGGCCUGCCGCUCGUCAUUGACGCUGACGGCCUGUGGCUCAUCGAGCGCCGCCCAGACCUCAUGCGAGGCUACUCCGCCGCGGUGCUGACCCCCAACGCCGCGGAGUACAGGAGGCUGGCCAAGGCUGUGCUGGGAGACGAGGGCGCAGGGCUCCCAGAGCUGUGCAAGGGGCUCGCUGGUCCGGUCGUGCUGCAGAAGGGCCGGGUGGACCGCAUGUGCCGCCCAGGCGCCGCCGUGCUGGAGUGCGCGGAGGAAGGCGCGCCCCGGCGUCCUGGGGGUCUGGGCGACUUCCUGGCUGGGAGCCUGGCCACGGUGCUCGGCUGGGCGGCCGCGCGCGAGCGGGAGCCGCUGCUGGCGUGCCAGGCGGCCUGUGCUCUCGUGCGGCGCGCCUGCAGGGCCGCGUACCUCGUGCAGAGGCGCGCCAUGGUGGCCCCAGACGUCCUCAACGAGAUGGGCGCCGCGUUCGAGGGGCUGUGCCCUGCAGACCCGGGUGCCAGCCGCAGCGAGGCGCCCGCUUGCGCUGGGAGGUCACAGUACGCUGAAGACGGAUUGUCUCGGCAUGUGGACGACGGCCGAGGGAUCCUGACGCCCGGGGAUUUCCUGAUGGACAUUGCGCCGCGGCUUGACGGAACGGGGCACAAGGGGAAUGCGGGGCGUGUGGGCGUACUCGGCGGCUCUGUGGACUUCGCUGGCGCUCCCUAUUACGCUGGCAUGGCAGCGCUGCGGGCGGGCGCCGAGCUGCUGUACGUGUGCACGGCGCUGGAGGCCACGGGACCCAUCAAGGGCUAUUCGCCAGAGCUGAUGGUCAGCGAGGCGUACAGCUGGGCCAGCAUCUCCUCACCGGACGAGGCCGCCGUCUCGGCAGAGCAGGAUCGCAUGGUGGAGAAGAUGGAGGCUCUGCUUCCGAGGCUUCACGCGCUGGCGAUCGGUCCUGGGCUCGGGCGCGACGACCGGGUGCUGGCAGGCGUUGCGAGAGUCAUCGAGGCGUGCCGCGCUCGGGGCCUGCCGCUCGUCAUUGACGCUGACGGCCUGUGGCUCAUCGAGCGCCGCCCAGACCUCAUGCGAGGCUACUCCGCCGCGGUGCUGACCCCCAACGCCGCGGAGUACAGGAGGCUGGCCAAGGCUGUGCUGGGAGACGAGGGCGCAGGGCUCCCAGAGCUGUGCAAGGGGCUCGCUGGUCCGGUCGUGCUGCAGAAGGGCCGGGUGGACCGCAUGUGCCGCCCAGGCGACGCCGUGCUGGAGUGCGCGGAGGAAGGCGCGCCCCGGCGUCCUGGGGGUCUGGGCGACUUCCUGGCUGGGAGCCUGGCCACGGUGCUCGGCUGGACGGCCGCGCGCGAGCGGGAGCCGCUGCUGGCGUGCCAGGCGGCCUGUGCUCUCGUGCGGCGCGCCUGCAGGGCCGCGUACCUCGUGCAGAGGCGCGCCAUGGUGGCCCCAGACGUCCUCAACGAGAUGGGCGCCGCGUUCGAGGGGCUGUGCCCUGCAGACCCGGGUGCCAGCCGCAGCGAGGCGCCCGCCUGAAGGUUGCUGCCUCCUCCACUGUUUCCCCUCGUCGCCCUCCCUCCUCCUCUCUCCUCUCUCCCGCUCCACUUUCCGACGACCACCUGGAUGCGGCGUGGAUGCGGCGGCAA